AUGCACAAGUUCGCGACAGACUUCACAACUCUGGUCAACGAUCUCUUGAACAGGUCAGGAUUAGGUGCAAAGUACCUAUUCUUGAACGAGGCUGGAGAGGAGCAGCCUGUGUUUCAGAGCUACGGAGCUGAAAAUCUGAAGAAGCUCAAGGAUAUUAGGAGCAACAUCGCCAAGCACUGGUUGAAACCUCGCCUCAAACACCUCCGGUUCGAGGUCUCUCAUGACUUUGAGAAGAUGGUGAGAUUACUUGUAGUCAUCGGCAUCACUGGCAACCAAGGAGGGUCCGUAGCCUCCACAUUCCUCCAGGACCCAGCAUGGCGCAUCCGCGGCCUCACCCGCGAUACUCAUUCUGCGGGAUCUAAAGCACUAUCAGCGCAAGGUGUUGAAAUGGUCCAAGCAGAUCUUCACGAUCCCUCCUCACUCAGAGACGUCUUCAAAGGUGCAAAUCUCGUCUUCAGCGUAACAGAUUUCUGGAAGCCCUUGUUCGACCCCGAAAACCAAGCACGGGCGAAAGAGCAGGGGAAGUCCGUCGGGCAGUACGCGUAUGAACUAGAGCUCGAGCAAGGGGAAAAUAUUGUCGAUGCUGUUGCUCGCGAACUCGAUGGCCUGGAUGAUGUAGGCUUCGUAGCGAGUACGUUGUGCAGCGCGAAGAAGUUAAGCAACGGGAAGUAUCAAGAACUCUACCACUUCGACAGCAAAGCCGAUGUCUUCCCCACAUAUCUGCAGGACAGGUACCCAUCUCUAGCCCGGAAAACAAGUUGCCUCCACACCGGGUAUUUCUUCACGAGUUGGCGCUUCAUGCCAGGGCUGUGGUUUGCAAAGCCUGAUGGCUCGAUCCAGAUGCAAUUCCCCACGCACCCCGACACACUGAUUCCGCAUCUCGAUCCCCGCAAAGACACGGGUCCGCACGUGCGUGCGCUGCUUCAACUCCCACCUUCUUCGACGCUCAUGGCGGCGAGCGAGUGGCUCACCUGGCCGCAGUGGAUUGAGCUUUUUGGCGACAUGAAGGGUGUCAAGACGAGUUAUAAGCAGAUUAGCGUGAGCGACAUGGAUGCGUAUGCACCGGGCGGGGUGGGCAGGGAGAUUGGAGAGAUGUAUGAGUUUAGCUCGGAGAUGGGGUAUAAUGCCAGCCAAUCAGACACUUUGAUGAGGUGGGAUUUGGAGAAGGUAUGUUUGAAUGUGUGA